ACUAGUUGGAACGAGAAUUGGUCUAUUCGUUUGGGAACAGCCAUCGAUGCCAUCUUCUGAAGAAAGGCAAGGGUAUUUGCUUUCGACAACCCGCGAUGCGGUGUCCCAGCUGCAGCAUUGGAGGCCAUCAGAAACGGCAAGACCAUUCGGAGAUGGGAACAUAUUGACAGUUUACUCAACUUUCGAUGUGUCUUGGGAAUUCCUUGCAAUAAAGCAAACCUUCGAGAACAAAGACGCACCGGACUUGCUCAAAGUACUAUUUUUUUACCAUUGUGAACACAUUCGAGUCGAUAUCUACUUCCGAGCAGUGGAAAUCGAAAGGAAGUCACAGAUAAAGAUGUCGCUUCUUUUGCUUCAAGAUUACGGAGCGCUCUAAUCCGGCGCCCCAGGGUGCCGAAGCCGCUACCAAGUUUCCUCAAAUGCGAAAAGACUGAGCCUAACAUGUACAAAGUCAAGAGCGCGGUUCGAGAACUAGAGAGUCUUUCCCUU